ACGAGCUCACCUGUAAUAACUUGCAGCCUUUUUUAAGCAACUCCUUCACAUCUUUUGCUGCAACACCGAACUUUCUGCUUUCAUUACAACUCCUAACUUUCACAGGUUUAUUUUUCCCGAAGAGGCCAAACAUUGCACUGUUUUUAGUCUGUACGGUUUGUACCUACCGCUUCCUUCUUCUUCCUCUCGAGGCUGACUACUUGGCGGUGCAUGGUGUGUUGCUGCCCUCUAGAGUAUUUUCUUCUUGUCGUCUUUGCUCGAUAGGACCGGACAGGACCAGAGACAGUGGACGCUGGUGGACGAAGCAUAGACAAAUAUGGUCAAAACAGAAGACAUAUCCACCAUGGCGGACGGCUGGAGAGAGGUGUUUGAAAGAAGCCGGGUGGUUCCCCCGCCCUGUCAGACAGUCCGCCUGGCUGUGGAAAGCCACUUCACCCAGUCUCACGGCUUCCAGCUCAGCCUCAGCCGGCUCACUGCAGCUCACCUCCCGCAGGAGAUAUCAGAGGGGGAACGUGAUGUGACCUUCCAGUUGCGAGUGACCCUGUUUGAUAGAAACCACCAGCACUUCUUUGGGAAAACAUGGAAGAGCCCACCUCAGAGGAUGAAAAACAACAAGAUCUCCUUCAAUGAGGUCCUGUACUUCCAUACGUCUCUGCGGUUGCCCAGUGCGGUGGUGGUUCUGGAGCUGGUGUCGUUGUCACCAAGGCCAGACGGCUCCCAGCAGGCCCUGGGGCGAGGCUUCACUGUCCUGGAGCUCUUUACCAACAGGCCAGAGGCUCAGGCUGCUGAUGGGGACAGAAGGCUGAAUCUACACCAUGGAUCACCAAGAAGCCUCCUCCAUCCCCACCUGAAGGACAUUGUUGACUACAGCAGCCUCCUGAAGACUAUUGAUGGAGCACAUUUGGAAUGUGUGAUAAAAAACCACCCCGCGCUGGUUUCCGUGAUGCACCUCCUUCCAGAGAAUGUCCUUAUAUCUGGAAAUGAGAACAUUCCCGGCCUUGCAGCUUCUCCAACAGGAGAUGCUCUGCUGAGGCCUCAUCUGCUCAAAAUGCUGCCCUUCACCCUGAACAGACUGACCGUCUCCCUCCAGCCGUCCCUGGAGAAGUUUGAGAGCCAGCUGCUGCAGCUGAUCAAUGCUGACUGCCAUAACACAAAACAGCCAGGACCAGAGAGUGCACUGAGGACGGUUGUCAUCCAGGAAAGGAGACUCCAUGUCGGGGUUCACAAUGGCUGGUGUUUUCUCGACAAGCCCCAAGUGGUGGUGCUGGAGCCCCUAGCAUCAGGGGCCAGAGGCCGAUCAGACAGCACCUCCAAACAGAGCACCCUGGUCAGGGACAGCUCUGCAACAUCAUCCCUCCCUCAGACACUGGGCCUUCGCAGCAGCUUGGAGCUCAGGCUGACCAAUCAUCAAGCUUUGGCAGUCAUCUUCCAGCUUGAGUGUGUCUUCUCUGCUCCAAUUGGCCGAGGGACGAUGCUGUCUGCCACCUCCACAUCCCGAGCGGCCUUCUUGCAGUGCCUUCGUUGGGGGAUUUGGUGCCCAUUCCAGGAGCCCGCUGACUGGAAGGCGGAAGAGAUACAGCUUGUUCUGCAAGGAGGUGCAAAGCCAAACCCUUACGGAGUCAUGGUCUACAGCACAGAAAUGUCUGCCAAAACUCAGAGCCCUGCGCCACUCUCGGCUCCAGGCACAGCUCAGGAGGCGAGGGAUACCCUAACAUUUUGGCUGUCAUCCAGUCUGGAAAGGAAGGCAUCUAGCCCAAAGGCAUCUCUGAGGACAAAGCAGGAGGAUGUGCCACGUCAGAGAAGAUCACCUUCAUCACCUUCACAGGGUCAAAAAUUCAUCCCACUAGCUUCUCCUCCAGGAUCUCCUCAAGGCCCCGGGCUCUCACUGUCUCAGCUGGCAGCUACUUCACGCUACCCAACCAUCAGCCACUCCAGCUCGGCGUUGCCUUGGCAACAGUCGUUUCCUUCUUUGCUCCAUCCUUCCCCGUUGGCAUCAGCUCACCAGCUGUCACAUGUCGCCUUCUCAGGUGUCAGCAACAUUGCCCACCUGGAGAUGGACCUUCAGCGGAAAGAGGAUGUGUCAGCUUCAGUUCAGGACGAAGGAGACCAGCUUCAGGAGCUGCCCUUCACCCCUGUCCAUGCCCCUGUCAUCACCCUGGGGAUGAAUGUGCCUAGUUCCUGCUCAGUCAGCUCCAGGAGCUCACUGGCUCACCUUUACUCCGCUGGCUUCCCCGACAUCAUGGACUGUAGUGGGCAGGUGGCAGAAGUCCUGGACCCCACCGAGCCCGUGCCCUUUGACCCUCAGCGUGAGGACACUGACCCACUACAGGGCAACCUGCUGGUGUUCCAGUUUCUGGCGUUUACCAGAAUACCAGUGGCGGGUGUUGGUCCUGAUUGGCCUGACAACAUCUACUUCACCUUCCAGUUCUAUCGCUUUCCACCAGUCACAUCGCAGCAGCUCAAACUACUGACCAGUGACAAGGUUCAGCUGAAAGCUAGCGUUCCCUGUGUCCUGGCCUCCAUCAACAAAGACGGCACUGUCAACUCUGGCUCUCCAGGUCUGCAGGUGCAGUUCAGAGUCGAUGAGGGUUUCUUGAGGCCAGGAGAGAAGCGCUGGUUCCUGCGCUACCUGGCCCUCCACACCAUGCACAUCGACAUCUGGGACAGCGACUCAUUGCUCCUCAUAGGUUCCACUGCCAUCGAGCUCAAGUACAUGUUGCGUCAGGGUAAAUCGGCAGUGCAGGCCCUUCACGAGGUGGAGGUGCUGACCACUGAUUACGUGGGAGAGGACACCCCACUGACAAGCACAGAUGUGGGCCAACGGCCAAACCUCAGCCCCAUGACGGUCCACACCAUUAUCAGGGGCCGGCUGCACAUACGCACAGGCAACAUAGGGUGCCAAGUAGAUCCUAGCAGGAGGAGGGCAGCAGACGUGAUGCCGUCUCAUUCUCACAUCAUCACACCUCGCGAAGUCACUGGGGGCUUCAGAGGAGGAAGCCUUUCCUCCAGAAACAUUCUCCAACUCAAUGCGAGGAACGCUGCACAAGCACACAGACUGGAGAUAGAUGGGGACCGUGUGCCAUUGUUCAGACGCGGGGUCAGAGCUGACACUAUCGUGGCCGGAGAGCUCAAGCUAAACGAGCCCGACGGUGGGCGCCGCAAGCUCAACUGCAUGGCUGCCGUGCAUCAGCGGGAGGGCAGAGAAGAUGCUAAAAAGGCUGAGGUCACGGAUUGGACUAAGGAAGCCCGGUUGGCCACAGAACUUAAUCAGAGCAAACCCAGCGAAAAACACAGCAAGGCAGAGGGCAUUGCCAACAUGCUGAGCCAGGCCAUUACCACCCAGCACCUGCUCUACACCAGCCUGGGCUCUGCUGAGUACAUGGAGUUUGUCCUUAAAAAUCCCUUUAAUGCACCUCAGACUGUCACCAUCCACAGUGAUGACCCUGAACUAAGUGUCAUCACUAACACAGAGGAGUGGGGUUACUUUAAAGCACUAACCAAAACUCCAACCCCACUGGAAGAGAACAUGUUCCACUUGGAGGAAGGUGACCCAGGUCCCAGAGUUUACCUCCGGCCCAAGGAGAGCAUCCAUAUUCCCCUGAAAUACCAGAGUUUUCUCUGCGACCACACCAUGGCCCUUCAGGGACCAAGUUUCCUACCAACAGGCAAAGGUUCUCAAGUGGCCAAGAAGAAUCUGUCCAAUAUUGUUGCUGCCAAGACUAUCAAGGUUACGUUCCAAGCAGAAGACGGCAAGCCGAUGGCCAUCUGCCAGGUGAACGUGGAACCAACGCCUCAUGUUGUCGACCAGACUUUCCGUCUUUAUCACCCCGAGCUCUGCUUCCUCAAGAAAGCCAUCCGCUUGCCGCCCUGGCAUGACCCCACAGUUGGAGAUUCAGAUGUCAGGACUCACAUUUCCGUACGCUGCAGUGACCCUAACAUCAUCUGCCAGACAAGGAUGCUGGUGCCAGGGGAGCCUCAGGAUGUGUACUUGAAAGUCCCAGGGAGUCCCAGUCCACACAUAAAAAUUUUCUUUGUGAUGGUUUUUACUGAUAAGUGGAUGGCAGCACCCUCCCAGAUCUGGCAGAUUUACGUGCAUUUCCUGGAGCGGGUGGAUGUCAGCUGUGUGACUGGCCAGCGGAGCUGUCAAUCACUGGUGCUGAGGGGGAAGCAGGCUGUUCGCAAGGUCAAAUGUUUCUCAUCACACCCGCAGGAGAUUGAGGUGGACCCAGAGGGUGUGUUCGUUUUGCCUCCCGCAGCGGUGCAGGAGCUCCAGCUGAAGGUGCAACCAUGGCGAGCAGGAAGCCGCUUCUUGUAUGUAAAUGCAGUGGAUGUGGAGAACCGGUGGCUCGUCACCGCCUGGCUGCUCUGUCUCAACGUCCACCGGCCUGUGCUGUCCAAGGCAUUUGAAGUGUGUGUCCCAGGCAGUGGUGGGCGUGGCAGCUCCAGGAAAAUCACCUACACCAACCCUUACAGCAGUAGCCGUACAUUUCUGCUCCGCUCUGACCAUCCAGACCUGCUCCAGUUUAAAGAGAAUAAAUUCCAGAUCGGCGGGGGAGAGAGUUACACCAUCGGACUGCGAUUCGCCCCCAGCCGGAGUCCCGGCUCAGUGGAGAUUCUGGUCUAUGUGAACAACCUGGAGGAGAAGACGGAGGAGACGUUCUGUGUGAAAGUCAACUACUCAUGAACUGAUGAUGUUUGUGUCGAGCAGCGAGUACAAACUGUAUCUUGAAAUGUUGACUAAUCUGUGUUUUGAAUCUAUUUUCUGAGUGUGAAAUGAACUCAAAUGAGCUUUCAUUUUUCUACUUAGGGUGUGCAAUUUUGUAUCAGAUCAUAUUUAGGACAGAAAUAAACUUUUUUUUUAACACA